CUCCUUGCUUUGCCCCGCCCCAGGGCUCGGAGGAAGACGGGGAGGGGGGAGAUCUCCACCCGCCCCCCGCCAGUGGGAGGGGUCGCAGCCUGCGCUCCCCCUCCCCACCCGCCAGCCCCCCGGUUAAAUGCGGCCGCCUCCCCGGCUCGCCCCAGCUGCCUGGCAGUCCCCACCCAGGGCAAGCUGCCCACGCCGUUACCUGGUCCAAGUGCCCGGGAGGCUCCGCCCGUCUGCUCCGCUCUGCAGCCGCGCCUCCGCGCCGUCCGGCAGGUUCAGGCUCUGACACCUUGGUUCUCGGCCCUCCAAGCAUCAUGAAGGGCCCUCUUUGCUGGUCACUGCCCGUGUUGCUGGUCUUUUUCCAGCCCUGGGAAACUCAGCUCCAGUCAGCAGGUCCUCCUCCGUGCACCGCCCGGCCUCUGGAUUUGGUGUUCGUGAUCGACAGCUCGCGCAGCGUGCGCCCCUUCGAGUUCGAGACCAUGCGGCAGUUCCUGGUGGGCCUCCUCCGCAGCCUGGACGUGGGGCUCAAUGCCACGCGCGUCGGGGUCAUCCAGUACUCCAGCCAAGUGCAGAGCGUGUUUCCCCUCGGGGCCUUCUCGCGCCGCGAGGACAUGGAGCGAGCCAUCCGCGCCCUGGUGCCGCUGGCGCAGGGCACCAUGACCGGGCUGGCCAUCCAGUACGCCAUGACCGUGGCCUUCAGCGAGGCGGAGGGCGCGCGGCCCCGGGCGCAGCGCGUGCCGCGCGUGCUGGUCGUCGUGACCGACGGGCGGCCGCAGGACCGCGUGGCCGAGGUGGCGGCGCAGGCGCGCUCGCGCGGCAUCGAGAUUUACGCCGUGGGGGUGCAGCGCGCCGACGUGGGCUCCCUGCGCGCCAUGGCGUCCCCGCCGCUGGACCAGCACGUCUUCCUCGUCGAGUCCUUCGACCUCAUCCAGGACUUCGGCCUGCAGUUCCAGGGCCGGCUGUGCGGGAAGGACCUGUGUGCUGCACGGGAUCAUGGCUGUCAGCACCAGUGUGUCAACACUCCGGGAACCUUCCACUGCACUUGUGACCCUGGAUACAAGCUAGCCGCAGACAAGAAGAACUGUUUGGCCAUUGACCAGUGUGCUGAAGGAAGCCACGGCUGUGAACACCACUGUGUCAGCACCCCAGGCUCCUAUUUCUGCCGUUGUCGAGCUGGCUUCACCCUCCAGCAGGACCAGAGGAGCUGCAGAGCCAUUGACUACUGCACCCUCGGGAACCACAGCUGCCAGCACAUGUGCGUUAGCACCCUCGGGGGCCCACAGUGCCGCUGCAGAGCGGGCCACGAGCUGCUGCCGGACGGGAGGAGCUGUCGGGUCAGGGACCUUUGCAAUGGGGUGGACCAUGGCUGUGAGUUCCAGUGUGUAAGCGAGGGAUUUUCCUACCGCUGCCUGUGUCCUGAAGGGCGGCGACUCCAGGCAGAUGGCAAGAGCUGUGACCCCCUCUUGCCGGCAGGGUGCCGGGAAGGCCACGUGGACCUUGUUCUACUGGUGGACGGCUCCAAGAGCGUGCGCCCGCAGAACUUUGAGCUGGUGAAGCGCUUCGUGAACCAGAUCGUGGACUUCCUGGACGUGUCGCCCGAGGGCACGCGCGUCGGGCUGGUGCAGUUCUCCAGCCGCGUGCGCACCGAGUUCCCGCUGGGCCGCUACGGCACGGCGGCCGAGGUGAAGCAGGCCGUGCUGGCUGUGGAGUACAUGGAGCGGGGGACCAUGACCGGCCUGGCCUUGCGCCACAUGGUGGAGCACAGCUUCUCCGAGGCGCAGGGGGCGCGGCCCCGGGCCCUCCACGUGCCCCGCGUGGGCCUGGUCUUCACCGACGGCCGCUCCCAGGAUGACAUCUCCGUGUGGGCAGCGCGCGCCAAGGAGGAAGGCAUCGUGAUGUACGCGGUGGGCGUGGGCAAGGCGGUGGAAGAGGAGCUGCGGGAGAUUGCUUCCGAACCGGCCGAGAUGCACGUGUCGUACUCCCCGGACUUCAGCGCCAUGUCACACCUGCUGGACAAUCUCAAAGGCAGCAUCUGCCCCGAGGAGGGCAUCGGCGCUGGGACGGAGCUGCGGAGUCCCUGCGAAUGUGAAAGCCUGGUGGAGUUCCAGGGGCGCACGCUGGGGGCGCUCGAGAGCCUGGCGCAGAAGCUGGCCCAGGUGACCGAGCGUCUGGAGGAUCUGGAGAGGCAGCUGGCCAACCAGCAGUGAGGGCCAGAUCUGGGCUGGACGCGGCCCCGCCGGCUUGGAUUCCCUGCUCGUCCUCGGGGCACCGGCUGGGACCGUCCGGGAAGAGGCGCUGGCGGGCUCCCAGCGCUGCGUGCGAGCGGGCCUCGCCCGGACCAGAUGCCAGAGCCCGGGGGCGGGCGCCAGAGGAUGGGCGGAGACCAGUGCGGAGGGCGGUGGGCGCGUGCAAGAGGACUUGCACGCCCUUGCCACGUGCUGCUCUCAGUUCCUUAUUGGAUUGCUUUUUUACCCUCUCUUUUCGUAAAAAAAAA